CCUCUCGCCAGGGAAUGGCCGUCGCUCUCCACUUCCCGCCCGGCGCAGCCCGAGUCCAUCACCGUGACCUUCCUCCCCCCGCCCCGUCCGCGUCUGUUUGUCUUUCCAGCCCACUCAUCACCGGCCAGUCAUGGGGUGUUGACUCUGCGCAUUCCUCACCAGCCGAGCCCGCCGCUCGUAACGCGGGGCUGACGCUGCUGUCCCACUCUGGGGCCGCUCUGCUGGGCUCCAGCUGCUGAUAAAUUCGGGGCCUUUGAGGAGGUGGAAGAGGUGACCCUGGGUGACCGGCGCCGCUUGGGAACGGAGGUGUGGAUUAUUGCCGGUCCUGACUUGGGGAUAAAAGCGUCAAGGUCUGCCCAGGUCUCAGCUCUCCGCGGUCAGCUCCAGGAUUCACCCUGAGCGCACCAGCACCAUGGCAUCAGCAUGGUCCUGCUGGGUCCUCCUGCUGCUCCUGCCUGCCCUGACCCACGCUGGGGGACCGGGUCCUGUCCUCGUGAACCGCCCCUUUGUCACCAUCUGGAACAUCCCCACCCAGCGCUGCACUGAGAAGUACAAUGUCACCCUCAGCCUGGGGGUCUUUGAUGUGCUGGCCAAUGACCAGCAGUCCUUCACUGGGCAGGACAUCACCCUCUUCUACAGCGACAAGUUGGGUCUUUUACCCUACUACACACCCGGGGGGGUGCCAGUGAAUGGGGGGCUCCCCCAAAAUGCCAGCCUGGAGACUCACAUCCGCCAGGCCACCCAGGACAUCAAGGUGACCCUGCCCAGCCCUGACAGUGGUGGGCUGGCUGUCAUCGACUGGGAGAAGUGGCGCCCGCUGUGGAUCCGCAACUGGGACUCCAUGGAGAUCUACCAGCAGAAGUCGGAGGAGCUGGUGCAGCAGCAGCACCCACAGUGGCCUCCCAAGGAAGUGGAGGAGAUGGCCAAGCAGCAGUUUGAGAAGACUGCCUGCGAUUUCAUGAACAAGACCCUGUGGCUGGGCAGGAGCCUCCGUCCCAGUGCCUACUGGGGUUUCUAUGGUUUCCCUGACUGCUACAACAAUCACUUUGAUAGCCUGCCCUACAAUGGGACAUGCCCAGAUGUGGAGCAGCAGAGGAACAAGAAUCUGUCCUGGCUCUGGAGGAGCAGCCGGGCGCUCUACCCCAGCAUCUACCUGCCCUUCUGCCUCAAUGGCACCAACAAGGUGCUCACCUACGUGCGGCACCGCGUGGCCGAGGCUUUCGCUGUCCAGCGUGGAAUCCUUGACAGUGGCAUCCCCGUCCUGCCCUACUCCCAGAUCGCCUUCGAGUACACUCUGGACUUCCUUUCCCAGGAGGACCUGAUGAACACCAUCGGGGAGAGCGCGGCUCAGGGUGCUGCUGGCAUCAUCCUCUGGGGCAGCCUGGACUACAGCACCUCCAAGGAGGUGUGCCAGAGGCUGAAGGAGUACGUGGAGGGGCCCCUGGGUCACUACAUCGUCAAUGUGACGGCCAGUGCUGAGCUGUGCAGCCGGACCCUGUGCUCCGGCCAUGGCCGCUGCGUGCGCCAGGACAACCGGCAGGGCUGGCUCCACCUCGACCCCUCCCGCUUCACCAUCGACCUGCGGGCUGGCAAGCCCUGGCUGCUGGCUCAGAGCCUGGAGCCUGGGGAGGAUAUUUCCAAACUGGCCAGGGAGUUCAGCUGCCAGUGCUAUGACAAGUGGCAGGGACCCCGCUGUGACACCCAGGGCUUUGCCAAGUGAGCCCCCAUGCAAUCCUCCCACUCUGGGGACACACUGGGCAGACAGGGUGACACUAUCUCAGCACCCAUGCCAUGGGACUGAGAACCUGACUGUGAGGCUCUUAAUAAAACCAGAAAGCACCAGCGUCUCCUCGUCUUCUGCUGCAGCACUUUUGGGGUGGGAGGGUCCUCCUGCAACACCACUGCUGCCUUGUGAUGCUUCCAAGAGCUGUCCUUUGGGAUGGGGCUUGGGAUGUAAUGCCCCAGAGAAACCACAAGGAAAAAAGAAAAUUUAUGGGAAAAGACAUAGGAAGCGGGGAUGAUAGAGGAAGAGGAUGAGAAAUGGAAGAAUGAUGGGGAACAGCCAAAGAGUGGAGGCAAAGGGGGCGAAAAGAUGUGAUUGUGUGGCUGUAGUUGAGGGAGUGUGAACUCCAACCCCUCACUGUGCACAGAGGAGUGGACUGAAACCAAUGCCCCCACUUUGAUUUUCCCCUGGAUAACCAUAUGCAAAGCAGUUAAAUCCACAAAUAAUAUGCAAAAGCACUGAUUUUUGUACCACAGACCACAGUCUUAACUGUACCUAUUUCAAAGCAGCUGGGAGAAGGCAUGAAACCCUGGCCCAGCUAAGAUAAAGAUGUUGGCAUCUUCAUCUGGAUGUGGGGGAAUCACAUGCUCAAUUCUCUGAUUUCAGGCUCUAAUUCAGGUAAUCUCUCACUGCUGGGACUGCACUGCAUGGCACUGUGUUUGUACGGGGGACUUACAAAGCUGCACCCUUAAUUUUUAAGCUGGUUUGUGUAAACCACUGCAGAACUACUACAUUUCUUAUGUUCACUUCUUAUUAUUACAUUAAGGAGGGUCUGAGAUUAUACCACUGGAAACAUAAUUAGGCCUUUGGAUUCCCCAGUCACAGCUUUCAGAAACAUACACUCUGUUAUUACCAAGCUCUUUGACAAGCUGGGGGCCCCUGAAAAAAUUAGUCAUAAUUGGAUUUUGGCCCAGAAUUAAUAGUUCUAUCUAAUUCUUAUAGAGAUAGCUUGGUAAAUGUUGUCUGUAAAUGUUGGAAACAAUAUUAUCUUAGUAUUUUUUGUAUGUGAAAUGUGAUUUUACUUAAAUGAACACUCAAACAUGCUCCUCCUAAGCUACAGGGAAUCUGAUAUUUGCCCUGUAUAUAAAGCUGAAAUUGAAAGCAAAGUUCACCUUGCUGUUCACACAAAGAAAAUUACCAUGAAUUUCAAGUCCUCCUUAUGCCUAGAAGGGAUCAGAGCUGUGUGCUCCUAAGUUCAGGUAAUUUAAUAUGCUUCAGGUGUUCAGCUACUGGUGCCUAACUGGGGGCUGGUCUGAGGUUCUCCUGGACAGUAUUAUCUCAAUCCAUUAACCAAACUAAGCACUGAGGUGGGCAUCAGGAAAGAGACAUUUCAGUUGGAAGCCCUGCAGAAACCCUGUUUCCAGGUGUGGUUUUGUGGCUUUUCUUAAUGAAAAGUAAGGCUGGAGAGUGGCAGACUUCCCUUAUUUCUCGAAACAGCUCAUUUUCUUGUUAGUGAAAUAAUGCAAACUUAGGCAUUAAUGUAGUUUGCCACUUUCAAAUAACAGCUUUGAAUGUGUAAGAAGAUUUGCUUUAUUCAUCCUACCUAUUCUAGCUAUUCUCCCGUCCUUGCCUCUUACACUGCAUCUAAAGACACCCAAGACAACGGAUAUGAUUAUAAUUUAGCUUGUCUCGCUCCAGACUGAGGAAUGGAGCCUAGAAAGAGACUGCAUGUGGUGCCAGCAGACAAUGUGGAAGCACUGAACAUCUGCUGAGUUGUUUGCUCCAGGUCUGAAAACCUGUACAUGUAGCUCUUGCAGCUGGAUGCUGAGCUUCUCCUGGUGCACAAGUACAAACCUCUCUUGGAAGAACUAAAUCCUUCCCAAAAGCAGAUCAGGGCAACUGUAUGACUUGAAAUUAAAGAGAUGGCACUUGAGUCUUUAAAAUGCCUUUUAUUCCAUUCACAUUACAUUGGAGGCUUGAGGCACACAGGGCUGGUCACUCAGAGCUCAGGCUGCUUCGUGGGCGUGCAAACACAUUGCAGCUUCAAGGGAGAGAGGAGGGCUGGGUGCUCUGCCAGCCCAGGGCAGGUUUGGGUCACUGUUUAGCCCCCCUAACGCCCAAGCACACACUGCUGUGCGGUGCCCAAAGCUUCCAGGUGAGCAGCUCACCCAGCAGGAGCAGCUAAGAGGACUCAGAGGUACCUCAGUGAAACAUGAGACCAGGAGGAGGAGAAGGAGGAUGAGGCAGCAGCACAGAAACUGCCUGCAAUGACACCUGAGCCUGUGAGCAGCUUGAGGUGCUAGCCAGAGCAGCAGAGAAACCAUUGGCUUUGAAUAAAGCACACCCCCCAUAUGCCAAUAGCACUGAGGGUGUGCACAAGGCUUCACUGCUUUCCUGUUAAUGCUUUUAACUGAAACUUGCCACUUCUUUUCCACGUCCAAUGUCAAAGCUCACUUCUGAUUAUUGUUUCAAAAGUGAAACAUCAACUCCUACAGAAAUAAUUUCCAGAGCUUGAAUGCAAGACUCUGUAUCCCAACCCCCCCCUCGGUGUCAUUCAGAGCAGCACUGACUUGAACACAAAAUUUUCAAGCUACCAGUUACCUAAAAUUAAAGUGGCUCUUUCUUAUGA